GCCGUGUACCAUGUGACCUCUGUGAUUAUUCACAGAUUCUAUAAGUAGUAAGCAAUGAUGUCACAAGUGACAUCUUGCUUACUACUUUGCAUGUGAUCACUGAUUGGCCAAUCAGUGAUCACAUGAUCAGGACCUCGUCCAACGAUCGCGGGCACCGGAUCGCGGUGCUGCACGCUCCCGGGGAGUGCGCACAAGCAGGGUGCAGGAAGGCCGUUUAUAAACAGCCACCCGACCCUGCACUGCCACCGUCCAGCCGUUUAUAUACAAUGGCCGGUCGGGAGGUGGUUAAAGCU